CAGGUUUGCCAGGGCUAGUUAGCCGUAAUGCUAGCAGAACGAAUAGCAAAAAAAACACACAGAAAGAUAAAACAUGGACGAUGACGACCUGGAUGAACUGCUGGAUGAAGUGGAGAAAAAGUUCUGCAGAAACGUUUCCGUCUGUUCUUCAGCUCGAGCAGAGUCUAACGAGGACAGAAAAGACAAAAAACACAGUGCCACAAAACAAAACAGGACAAUGAGCAGCGACACUGAGGAUAUCGACAGCUUUUUGGAGGAAUUAUUAGAGGAAGACUACAGUGAUUCCACUUCACCAAAGCCUGAACAGUUUCCAAAAGGAGAUGAAAUGGUUAAGAAGCUUUCUACUCAGUCUGGAGGAAGAAAAUGUUGUCCUGUUUUUAUCGGUGGGAGUUCUGUCACAAAUGGAGUAGGAACCGCCACGUCCAAGAGGUCAUGUGACCAGCUGAGGUGUACGUCAUGUGACUUCCGGGUGCUGACAUUUGACGACUGUGAGUGGGACUCGUCAUGUGAUUACCUGUUCCUCAGGAACAACAUGCCAGACUGUCAGAAGCUCAAAUCCAAGCUGAAGAAGAGGAGGGCUUUCCGCUCGUACUGCUGUCAGUGCAGCUGGUUUUCCACGUCGGAGGUGACGGAUCUCAGAGAGCGCCCUCUGCUCAGAUGGGUCUGCGGUAAACACCACGACUGACUCAAGAAGAACUGGGCCAAAAACAGGACGUUAGAGACAGAAACACCUCAGAUAUGAAGUGAACACGCUCUCCGUCUGUUUUAACAGCUUUCACACAUAACAGGAAGUCGCAGCUCUGGACGUGGAAUCUGUGAGUGAGACGAGGCUUCCAUCUCAUGUACAUCAACAGGAUGCUUUAUGAGCUGUGAAAAACUGCACGUUACCUGUAACACCAUCUUUACAUCCAAUAUACACUUCAGUUUCUAUUUUUCCUCUUGGCAAGACCUGAUACAAGUACAUGAAUGAUGAUGUCAGUGGAUGUGAGAGUGGUUUCUAGUCUAGAAGCAUUGAAUUUUUCCAUGGUGUUGGUUCACUGUGGAUGAAUCCUUGUCAAAGUCAAGGUCGUGUUUAUUUAUACAGCACAUUUAAAACUCCCCAAACAGCCUAAAGAGCUGUAGAAAGAUAGAAGUGCAUUACAUAAUAUGGUCAAAUAGUAAAAGUAAGAAUAAAAAUGGAAAACAGAGAUGAGAAAAAACCAAAAAAAAAUUGAUGUGGUUUCAUUUGCGAUGCUAAACCAUCUACAGGACAAAAAGUAUACAACGUGCAAACUUUACAAGGGCAUUAUCGAUUUGACAUAUAUAUUUUUACAUUUCAUAGAUAGGCUGUCCUUUAAGAAAUAACAGUGGUCAUAAGGGGAAAUGAAAAAAGUACAACUGGGGUGACUACAGUGAAUAUGCUUGUGUUAAUUGGUGAAAUAUUUUUAUCCAUUUUUAUUUGGCGAUAGCAACUUUUCCACUGCCUGGCUCAAAUAAAUCAGUCACAAUCAAUGAUCCAAAUACAUUCACACUGAAGCUAAAAACAACAAUGAAAGACACAAUAUUUCCUGCACAAUCAUGAAGAUAGUAUACUGAACAACUAAAGAAACGCAAGUAUGUUUCGGUAUUGGUUUAUAUGGGAGUUUUAUUAUGAAUAUUGGUUUCAUAUGAGAUAUUUAUAUCCAGCUGUGAAAUUUACAGUGGCAGUACAUUGAAUUGUGUCCAUGGGCACUGAGUUGAUGGUCACGGAGAUGGGCCAAGCGAAUAUGGCGAUCCUGAUUACGGGUGGUCACACGUGGUCUUCCGGAUCUUGGUCUGUCCCGAGUGGUCCCUGUGUCACGGAG